GGCCGUGCUCCAGCGGACUUUUUCGCGUGAAACAUCGAAAGCAGACGCGACACUGAGAUGCUGGAGGCCACGAGGGAAGCCCAGCAAGACAGCCCCGGACGCACACCACCCCGCCCGCCAAGAUGAACCAGAUACGAGCCAUCCAGGCGCUCAACAAGAAGGAGAUUGAGCAGGGCAUCUCCCCCGAAGCGUCCUGGCACGUCGACUACCGCGACACGGCCUACGUCUACUUUGGCGGACUGUCCUACGAGCUGACCGAGGGCGACGUGGUGACAAUCUUCAGCCAGUUCGGCGAGCCCGUCUUCCUCAAGCUCGUGCGCGACCGUGAGACGGGCAAGAGCAAAGGGUUCGGCUGGCUCAAGUACGAGGACCAGCGCAGCACCGACCUGGCUGUCGACAACCUGGGCGGCGCCGAGAUCGCGGGCCGCCUGGUGCGCGUCGACCACGCGCGCUACAAGCCCCACGAGGACGACGACCCGGACGAGGGCCGCAUCGGCUGGCUGGACCUGCAGCGGAAGCAGGGGCGGGCUGGGGGUGGUGAUGGCGAUGGUGACGGGACGGGCAGCGAGGGUAGCGGUGCCGAUGACGACGACGGGGACGGCGGCGCGCCGCCGCGGCCGCUGCUCAGGGAGGAGCAGGAGCUCGCGGCGCUGGUGGAGGGCCACGACGACGACGACCCGAUGAAGGCGUUUCUGAUCGAGGAGAAGAAGAAGGAGGUGGAGGAGGCGCGGGGGCGCGAGCAGCGCAAGCGCCGCGGUGGCGACAGGAAGGACAGGGGCCGCCAUCACCACAAGCGGCGGCGGCACCGCGACGACGACCGCGACCGCGACCGCAGCCGGGAGAAGCGGCCGCGCCGGGACCGCCGCGGGAACGACGACCGCGACGAGGCGGCGGCGGCGGCGGCGGACGGCCGGAAACGCAGCGAUCGACGGGGCGGCGAGGACGGGAGCAGAGACCGCGGCAGGCGGCGCGAGGACCGCGACGACGCCGACAAGAGGCGGCACCGGGAGCGCAGCGGUGACGCCCGCCGCCGCCGCGACCGCGACCGGGAUGAGGACGACGGGCGCGAGCGCGAGCGGGGCCGUGACAGGGAUCGCCGGAGCGACCGCGACCGCGAAGGGGAUGGGGAUGGGGACGGCCGCGACCGCUCCAGGUGCGGCAGCAGGAGCGCCGAGCGCCACAGGAGGCGCGACCGCUCGAAGGAGAGGAGAUCCAGGAGCAAGAGCAAGAGCGGGAGCAGGUCACGGCGGGAUCGCUAAGGGCGAACAACGAGUCAGGCGGCCGAGAAUGGAGAAUUUCCAAGCACCGAACGGAUCAUGCCCAACAGCGGACAGCAACCCGUUCGGUGCUGUAUCAUAUUACCCGCUAGAUUGUAUACGUUUAAAUACAAACAAACGCUUGCCAGAGCCAGGGCACCCGUUCCUACCCCGACAUUCCCCGUCCGUACCAUUUCCCUCUUGAAAUCAUGUGGCUAAAGAAAGACGCUUUACCUCGCGCGAUAUGCCGUAUAGGUGGAAUAGGAAAAUGAAGAGAAAAACAAAAUAAAGGGAAA